AUGACCACAUUGUUUGACGUUCCAUUGGAUGAAUCGGUACAAGUACUGAAGCAGGUGCUGCCUUUGAUGAGUAAGCAGCGCGUGCCAACUAUUCCGCAGAACUAUGCGGUCUGGUACGACUAUGUCACUCGGCGCAAUGAAGAUCUGACUGAAGAGCUUGAAGACCUGAUUCAUCGAGGUAAAGGCUUCGAUGCGGCGUCCUGCCGAACGAUAUAUGAAAAGUAUUUUAUAUCAGAGCUGCAAAGUGAAGUUGAUGGUAUUCAAGGUGCCGUGCGCGAGGCAGUUGAGUCGGUGCUGGCGGAGCUUGGUGGUCUGGGCGAAGACAUCAAUCACUUUUCCGAAGUAUUGGACAACUGUGGUGUUUCGCUGCAGGAAGACCCGGACAAAGAAGACCUCAAUCGCCUGGUGGUGGAACUUGUGCGCGAAACCGCGCGCACCCGUAACCGCAGUAAAGAAGUAGAGGUGUCUCUGCACAAUAUGGCGUCAGAGCUGACUGAGUUGCGUGCGCAGGUUGAUCGUCUCAGCAAGGACUCACGCACAGACGCACUAACUCGAGUUGCCAAUCGACGCGCUUUUGACGAAUCUCUGAAAAAAAUGAUCAAAGAGGUGGGCGAUACAGGUGCGCCACUGAGCCUCAUCCUUUGUGACAUAGAUCAUUUCAAAGCUUUUAAUGACUCCCACGGACACAUUGUCGGCGACCAGGUGCUGCGCUUUGUCGCGCAGGAAAUGGAACAGUGUGUGAAAGGCCGCGACAUGCUCGCCAGAUAUGGCGGUGAAGAGUUUGCCAUCCUGUUACCCAACACACCGUUGGAUGGUGCCAUGAUGCUGGCCGACAGUAUUCGAUCUAUUAUCGAAGCGCAGCGUAUUAAGAAUGACAAAGACGAAGAGAUCGAUAAGGUCACUAUCUCUCUUGGUGUUGCCAAAUAUGUGGCGGGCGAAGAAUUAACAGACUUUGUUGAACGCGCUGACGCGUGUCUGUAUGCGUCAAAAGCUAAUGGGAAAGAUGUCUGGGCCUAUGGUGUGGAGCCUGCAAAGGUGCUCUAUCGCUUGCGGCUUGCACGAUAUCCCGCACUCGCAGAAACGUUAACCGACUGGCUGGCUGACAAAGACCCCGAACAAAAGUUUCGCCUUCUGGAUAUAGGCGCUGGGUUCGGGCGGACGUUUCUAUAUGUCAAAGCGGCAGGUAUCGCUGAGCGCUUCGAGAUGGUAGGUGUAGAUAUUGACCCGCUGCGCAAAGACGAUGUUUAUGCCGGCAACCCCUGGGAAAUUCGCCAGGGGGAUGCCGAGAAGGACCUGGAUUUUACCGAUAACAGUCUGGACAUAGUAGUUUGCGAACAGCUGCUGGAGCAUUUAAAUCACCCCCAGGUUGUGCUGGACAACGUUCAGCGUGUACUUAAACCGGAUGGCCUGUUUAUUGUCGGGGUGCCUGUUUUCCCGGAACCCAUCGCAAAGCUCAGACGUUGGCAGGUGAAACGGUUCGGGCUUGGCCGAUCAGAACACAUUCAAACCUAUUCGCUGAAGUCUAUUCGACGCGAUCUUGCGGCGCAGUUUGAUGAGGUCGAAAUCCGUGGUUUUCGAAUUGUGUCUGGCGGUUUGUUGCGCAGGCUGGAGAACCACCACUGGUGGUACCGAUUCAACAGAAAACUGGGCGAAUGGUUGCCUGGUUUGUGUAUCGAAGUGCAGUUGAUUGUGAAACCAAAAAAGCCGACAACAGCGGAUUAA